AUGCCCUCCAAACCGCGUAGUAGACGUUCUGAAGCAAAAUCGUUAGAAACUGUGUGUUACUACCAAAAUGUGCGGGGUCUUAAUACCAAACUAAAAGACUUUUCUUUGUCGACCAUCACCAGUUUAACUUACGACAUUGUUGCCCUCACUGAAACUUGGUUAAAUGACUCGGUCUCGGACGCAGAGCUGUUUGACUUGAGUAUUUAUUCUGUAUUUAGAUCUGACCUUCAGUUUAAUGAAAUAGUCAAUAAUACGGAAAAAGUCUUAGAUUUGGUACUUAGUAAUCAGCCUUGUAGUGUCGACAGGGCGCUUGAUAUUCUGACUAAUGAAGAUAUUUUUCAUCCAGCCCUUGAGGUCACGGUGAAAUUGUUAAAGCCAGAUUGUAACAGCAAUAAAUUUCCAAUCGUCAUGUUCCCUAAUUACAAUUUCAGAAAGGCCAAUUUACAUGAAUUGUACGCUGAUCUGGAGUCAGUAGACUGGUCGGUCUUAAAUGAUACCCCUGAUGUUGAUCUCGCUGUUGACGCAUCUGUAAGAGCCAAAAUAAAAACCGAGACGCACAAGGUAUACACUGAAUAUGUGAACAAGUUGAAUGCUGAAAUUAAUUCGAAUCCCAAAUGUUUCUGGUCUUACUUAAAUUCUUUGCGGAACACAACUUCCAUUCCUCCUUUGAUGAAGUUAGACGAUUGGGAAAGUGAGGACCCACAGGCAAUUGUCAAUAAGUUUGCUACAUAUUUUUCUACUGCUUUUUCUUUGCCCUCAAAUAAUAGCGGUAUUAAUACAUAUAGAUCUCAAAAUAACAGCGGUAUUAAUGCGAAUGCUUUGUAUAUUACUAAUAAUGUAACCGAAAAUGAGGUUCUAAAAGCUAUGCUUAAGUUGAAGGCGAGCAUGACAGCUGGUCCUGAUCUUUUCCCCUCGUUUCUUAUUCGUGAUUGUAGAUUCAUUUUUGCAGGCCCAUUGAAAGUGAUUUUCAAUAACAUUAUAAAAUCUUGUAUGUUUCCGGAGCAGUGGAAAAUCUCUAGAGUUUGCCCAAUUUUUAAACAAGGUGACAAAUCUGUAAUUAGCAAAUAUAGACCAGUAGCCAUAAUUAAUAACUUUGCUAAGGUUUUUGAGAUUAUUUUAUUUGAUAGAGUGUAUUCUCAUGUCUCAAACAGAAUUUCAAUCCAUCAACAUGGUUUCAUGGCGGAUCAGCAUAAGCAGGUUGACGUGGCCUACCUGGAUUUUUCAAAGGCUUUUGAUAGAGUUAAUCAUAAACUAUUGAUAAUGAAGCUAGAGUACUUUGGUCUCUCAAACGACUUGUUGAAACUCAUCUCCUCUUACCUUUGUAACAGAUGUCAGUUUGUGCAAUACCGAGGAUUUCGUUCUGAUACGUUCGUUCAGCGUUCGGGAGUGCCUCAAGGUUCUGUUUUUGAAUAUUCAAUGGAUGGAUCAGUUCUAAAGCGCUCUAAAACGAUCAAGGACCUGGGUGUCAUGUUUGACAGUAAAAUGUCUUUCUGUGACCAUUACGAUAGCAUCAUAGCGUCAUCCUAUAAAACAUUGGGCUUUGUGUUGCGAAAUGAUCUCAGCUAG